CUUAUCGGUUACAUCACAUGGAGAUUGCACCCCUCGAAGUAUUAAUUGUUGAUGAGGCUGCUCAAGUGCGGGAGUGUGAAUUGGUGAUCCCAUUACGUCUGCAUUGGUUAAAACAUGUUGUUUUGGUAGGAGAUGACUGUCAGCUGAGUGCAAUGGUUAAAAGCAAAGUAUGCAAAGAAGCUGGAUUUGUGACAAGUUUAUUUGAGAGAUUGGUUAUGCUCAAAUUUGAUAAGCAUUUGUUGAAUAUACAGUAUCGCAUGAAUCCUUGUAUCAGCUUAUUUCCAGAUGCUCAGUUUUAUGAGAGGAAGAUUUUAGAUGGUCCCAAUGUCAUGUCUCCUAGUUAUAAUAAGGAUUACACAUGCCUCCCUUUUGGGAGCUACACGUUUAUAAAUCUCACUGAUGGAAGGGAAGACACAGAGGGCAUGGGAAACAGUCGCAGAAACAUGGUUGAAGUUGCUGUUGUUUUGCACCUAAUCAAUACCAUCUUUAAAUCUUGGAAAAGGACAGACCAAGGGCUCAACAUCGGUGUGGUCUCUCCAUAUAACGCUCAAGUUGAUGCAAUUAAAAAUCGACUUGGCCAAAAAUAUAAUACAUGUGAUGGAUUUCAUGUGCGAGUGAAGUCCAUUGAUGGUUUCCAGGGAGAAGAGGAUGAUAUAAUAAUACUAUCAACUGUUAGUUCCAACGGGAGAGGAGUUGUUGGAUUUCUUGCUGAUAAUCGAAGAACAAAUGUUGCUCUUUCUAGAGCAAGGCACUGUCUUUGGAUUGUUGGGAAUGCUCAUACACUUCAUAAAAGUGGGACCGAAUGGACAGACCUUGUUGCUGAUGCGGAGAGACGUAAAUGUAUUUUCAGUGCCACUAAUGACGCAACCAUCUGUAGGUUGGUUUUGCUAGUAAAGCAAGACCUUGAUGAACUUGAGGAUCUUCUUAGUGCUGAAUCAGCGGUUUUCAGCAAUACCAGAUGGAAGGUCAUUCUUAGCGACGAGUUUAGAAAGUCUUUCACCAAACUAAAAUCACCACAGCUCAGGAAGGAAGUACUCCAAAAUCUUAUCAAACUUGGAGAUGGUUGGAGGACAACAGUCAAGAACCUUGAUAUGCCUGGUGUUUCUCAUCUUGUAAAAGUAUACAAGGCCUGGGACUUGUAUCUUGUUUGGAGUACUGACAUUGAGAAAACUGAAAGAACGAAACUGGAGGUUCCAAUGGUUUGGGAUAUUGUGCAUGAUAUUAUCCGCUAUAACAAGGAUUGCAAAGCUGAUGCUCAUGAAGAGCAUGAUCCCAUGGAUACAUCAUAUGGCAUGGAGAAUUCAAAAGUUAGUGAAAGCUUCCUACUGAUGAAAUUCUACUCUUUAUCAUCUGGAAUGGCAAAGCAUUUGCUGACAGCUACUGAUGGGUCUGAAAUCAACAUCCCCUUUGAACUGACGGAUGAAGAGAAGGUGAUAAUCCAAUUCCCGCUCACUAGUUUUAUAGUUGGGAGGUCACGCACUGGAAAAACCACUGUACUGACAAUGAAACUGAUUCAAAACGAGCAACAGUCAUUGAUUGCAUCGCAAGGUUUAAAUUUGGAUGGAGCUGAUUUAUCAGGGGUAGAUGACAAUAAUAUUAUGUCAACAAAGAAUGGAGGAGAAAGUUCUAUGAAACAAGUAUUUAUCACUGUAAGCCCAAAGCUAUGUUCAGCCAUAAAAGAUCACAUCUGCAAACUUAAAAGGUAA